AUCACCACCAGGGGGACUGGCGGCCUUUUCUCUCUUCGUCAGUAAAUCGCGGGACGAAGAAGAAGAAGAAAAGCGGAAGCGGAAGUGGUGUGUUUGUUUUGAGCCAUUAGCUUCAGACCAACACGGAGACAUGUCUGCUGCCGAGGACGACACCGAGCUGCGGGACCUGCUCAUCCAGAACCUGGAGAACAACGGAGUCCUCAACAAGCUCAAGGCAGAGAUGAGGGCAGCAGUGUUCCUGGCCAUGGAGGAGCAGGACAAAGUGGAGAACAAAACUCUGAUCAAUGAAGACCUGAAGAAAUGUCUCAACACCAGAGACGGUCGACUCGUUGCCAGUCUGAUCGUCGACUUCCUGCAGGUUUUUAAUCUGGACUUGACCCUUGCAGUGUUUCAGCCAGAGAUCAACUCACUGAAUGGUCUGGACGGUCGGGAUGUGGUCUGCAGAGAUCUGGAUCUGUCGGAAUCUGAGGUGAACAGGAAGUGUCCUCUGCUGCUGGAGCUGCUGAGGAGAGGACGACACCGACAACAGGCCUCCGUCUGUACCGAGGACCCGUCCCACAGACAGAUCACGAACGCCCGCAGGACGUUUGACUCUUAUGACAAGGACCGGAGCGGCUCGGUCUCUAAGGAGGACCUGAAGAGCGUCUUCACGGAUCUGUUCCCCGGGUUGAACAAGAACAUGUUGGAGCGGUUCCUCAGUGACGAACUGCGAACCGCUGAGAGAAGCUUCAUCUCUCACACUGUAGACUUCCAGCUGUUCCUGGGGAUCUACAGGCGUCUCUUCACUCAGUGCAGAUCUGUGGUGCUUCAGGAGGUCAGUGAGCAGAGGAGCGACUCUCCGCCGCUCAGUAAGGACUCUGAGGACGUGGCGUCUCUGGGGCGAGGAGACUUCCUGCAGCCGAACCGCGAGCGCCUGGACCUGGACCUGGAGGAGGAGGACGACCUGGACGACGGAGACUCGUUCUUCGACGACCCGCUGCCCAAACCACAGAAGACGUACGGCUGUCGUAGUUCUCAGUUUGGAGAGAACGAGUCGUCAGAGAAGACGAAUAGUCAGAGAGAGAAGGCGGAGGCGUCCGGGGCCAGAGGGAGUCCAGCAGGGUCCCUGUCCGAGGCCCUGACCCCCGGAGGAGGAGGAGGAGCGUCGGAGCAGAGCCACAGCAGGAACAACGUGGCAUCGAACUCCAGAGAGUCGAAGGUCGUGAACGACAGAACUGGAUCUCUGCAUUUAGAUGAAGACGUUGAAUAUGAUGACGACUUCAACAGUCAUCGCUCCGACGUGUCGAGGAGCGAGCUAAGUAUCGGCGAGGAGAUCGAAGGACCCGACAGCAGCGACAAGUUGGAUGAAACCACUCAGGACUUGAGCGUCUCGCAGCUCAGUCUCUCUCAUGGAGCCGACUACAUGGAGGAGGUGGCCUGACUCCCAGCAUGCAUCACUCUGCGCUCUCCCAUCAUGCACCUCUUUGUGUCUGUAUUUAAGUUUCACUAGAAAAAUAAAUAUAUUUGUAUCGAC